UUAAGGAGGCUAUUUAUCUUUAUAUACUAAUACCUUUAUGUUUCAAACUAUAAAAACAGGCUUUCAGUUAGUGAUAUGUUAGUCGUACUGUUACCGUGAUAAAAGAAGGUUGUGUAAUUGCUUCGAUUGUUGAUUUAAUUAUUGAACAUUAAAAAUGGCAACAGAUGAAAAUUCUUGGAGAACACAAAGUUUUCGACAAAGUGUAAUUGCGAAAAUAGAUGAAGCUGUUCAAAUGUCUGGGAUGCCUACUGCAAAAAACAGUAUUGAAAUGGAAAAUCAUGUUUUCCAAAAAGCAAAAACUAAGGAAGAAUAUCUAGGUUUUGUGGCUAGAUUAAUUCUACAUGUCAGAGAAUUAAAUACUAAAAAAGGUACAGGAGGUAAUGCAUCAGGAGGUACAGCUUGUUCUGGGAAUCAAGGAAUGCCUGAUCCAAUUGGAGCAUUACAAACAUUAGCACGUCAAGGAACUGGAAAUAAUCAAAUGAUGAAUAUGAGUGGACCAGGAUCCAAUCCUCAAGGAAUAAUUCCACAACCACCUACAAACACUGCUACUAAUUGUAAGUAUAUAUUUUUUUCUUCUAUGUAA